AUGUUUGGUUCAACCUCCACCUACACUGGUCUGGGCCACGCCACUCGUGUCGGGGGUGUCGACAGUGCACUGUCAUCAGCGACAGUGUCUACGUCGUCUUCAAGGGGAGGCCGGCACACACGGCCCGGGCUGUGGAGUCUCCGACCAGUGUUGAAAGACAGAUACGGUGUAGAGUUUGUCAAUUACGGUAUGCGCAUGUGGGGAGGACAAAAUAGCGAUAGCGUGGAG